GUUCUACAUGGUGAGUGAUGGAGUUCCUCUCAUAAUAGUUGGAGCCACAGCAGCGUUUGGUGGAGAGAACUAUGGCAGCAGGGCCGGAGCUCUGUACUGCUGGAUGGCAUGGGAGGCAAGCCUGGGGGGCUUCUUUGCCCCGGUGGGUCUUCUGGUUUUGGUCAUGUGCUUGUACUUCCUGUACACCUUUAUCCAACUGAAGCGCCACCCAGAGAGGAAGUAUGAGCUGCGGGCUGUGAGUGAAGAUCAGCAGCAUUUAUCCACUGAGUCCAACCAUCAAUGCCAGACUGGUGGUAGGGGACCUUCUGGGGACUCUGUGCCCUUUGCUGCUGGAGUAUCCGUGCUGGCCAACGAGCACUCAUUUAAAGCCCAGCUGCGGGCCACGGCCUUCACCCUCUUCCUGUUCCUGGCCACCUGGGCUUUGGGAGCUUUAGCAGUCUCAUUGGGGCACUUCCUGGAUAUGAUCUUCAGCUGCCUGUACGGAGCUUUUUGUGUGACUCUUGGACUCUUCCUUCUCAUCCAGCACUGUGCGAAACGCGAUGACGUGUGGAACCGUUGGUGGGUCUGCUGCUCGUCGAAGACCAAGACAGAGGAUGUGAAAGGUGAUGGCACAAGUCAGAAGCCAGAGUCCCACCAACCUCACUGCCUACUGAGCUUGCCACUCCCAGGCAAGCAACCACUGCUUUCCACCCACCUUCUGCAGAGCUCAGUUGAUAAAAUGACUCCCCGUCCUCUGAGCCCAACUCCCAGUAACACAGCUCCCUGUUGUGUGGCUGUCAUGAGUUCUGCUUCUCCCAUUUCAUCUCUUCUUGAGCCAGGUCCCUUACCACGUCCACAUUCCCUUCCUGAUGAGCUCCCCCGCCCUUCCCUCCCUCUACAGAGCUGCCUUACUGACAGAAAAAAGUCACGCUCCUUUAAUCGCCCGCGGCCAUGCCUCCAAGACUAUCGUACCCACAGGACUUCUUUUAGUAUGGAUGGAAGUGUGCUCAGCUCCCACCUGGACAGCCCACAGGCUGGACAUCACUUGGAAGGGUCACCACUGGUCUCUAACAGCCCACACCCAGACCUCCAGCAUCCUUGUCCCAGCCCUCACCAAGAGAAGCAAAUGGAUUCUUGUCAUGGCUUGCAACGCCAAACCUCCUGCCACAGUGAACAAGACUCAGCGACGUCCUGCCACAGCCACGUUCUCAAUAUGCACAACAACAUUCCUUCCUAUAAAAGCCUCUUCCUGCCUUCUCAGGGGGUUCCUUCGUGCCAGUGGCACAUUUAUAGUUCAGUCAAGUCCUCAUCCAAUGCAACCUGUUGUGAAGAGCCUGAUUCCUUCCCUUUGCAGUAUCACCAAGACCACACCCCUUACAGCUGUAUGUCAGAGUCAGAAGGCAACGAUGACCCAUUUCUUAACUUGGAGCAGAGAGGUUUCCCAAGGAACACUCUGCCUCGACAGCAGGCUACCAUCAACCGCAGAGGAGCCAUUGGUCGAAACAGAAGCCUACAAGAAGAUGGCCUGUUUUGUUCCGACGCCACAGGAAAUAUCAGAACUGGCCCUUGGAAAAAUGAAACCACAGUGUAGCCCCUUAUGCUCGGCAUGAUCUUCUAGCAACGCCCAUUCUUACGGUUUAGUUUGUGUGUUCGAGUCUCAUUGUGUCAAUGUUCAGUCACCAGUUUUGAGAUUCCUUUAUGAGAAAAAUAACUUUAGGUGCAAUAUUAAGCUCCAUGACUUUUAAAGCUGCAACCAGUAGUUUGGAUCCCCAGGGCCCUUCUGGGUUGGUGUCUGUUCUGUUCAGAUAGGCUCCAGCUAACACUUAGCCUCCAUAUGAACCCUAACCCUUAGCAACAAGCAAGGGUCACACUCAGACAAUUCAGCAAUUUUAACAUAGGCUAUUAAUGCUAGCAUGUGGUCACAGCUAGCAGUUAAAGGUGCAUUAUGUAGAAAUGAAGUAAAAAAUGGCAUCCUGUGGUAAAAUGUGGUUACCACAACGACUGGAGCUUUUAGUCGUCCGUCGUCAUAUUACAAUAGCGGGCGCUGCAGCAUUAGCUUACAGGAAACACGACCCCACCACCACACACACACACACACACACACACAUACUCACUGAUGGUAAACAGUCGUUACGACCCACCUUCCUUCGUUUUAGGAAAAAAAACGGACAACCCUAGCCUAGUGAUCUAGACCAAAUUCUUGCUUUGCAAAGCUUGGUCUAGGCACGCUCCAUUGGAACCUCCGCAGCUCCUACCAGGACUUUGGCUAGCCAAUCACAGCUCUCUGGAGGGGUUUCAAACACAUAAAGAGCUGUGAUUGGUCUAUAAUGGUGGGCCAAUCAUAGUGCUCUAUCUGCUUAGUGAACAAAUCACAGAGCUUUAUCUGCUUUGUGGGCCAAUCGGGGCCCUCUAUAUGCCUGGUGGGUGGGAUGAUGCAACAGAGUGAAACAAGAGUAUGUCACAUUCAUUGUCCAGUGGAAUGUGGAGAUCAUUUGAAAGACAACGGUAGAACCCGCCCCACAACCGAGAGCUGUCAAUGGAGCGUGGCCAGACUAAAUAAUACAUUUAUUUAGUCUGGCUUGCCAGGCUGGAACAACCCAGCAGCUUGUCAUGAAGCAUGUUUCAGUAGAACCUUCCUUCCUAAAUGACUGAAGCAUCAGACUCUUUGGGAUUUUCUCACUAUAUUCUACAUACUGCACCUUUAUUUUAAAUGAGAAACUUCAUUAACAUUGUGAAGGCAGAAGAAAUGACCAGCUAAACACAGCUUUACUUUGACCCCACCGAAUGGUAGCAAAACAAUGUCCAAAUUGAUGCGCCUAUUAUUUGGAUUUCAGAUCCUCAUCUGCAUUGUGGAGAAACAUUCAGCCACAUUUCACCAUGCAAUUGCAUUUCCAAGCAUUAGUAGGGAGCCUAACUCAAUUCAAGUUUAUUUAUAAAGCGCCAAAUCAGGACCAGAGUCGUCUCAAGGACCUUCACACACCUUCACCCUUCCAAUACAGGUCAAGCCCAAGAGUAACACGUUUCCUACAUAAGGAACCCAGCAGGUUGCAUCGGGUCACUGAGUAGUGUCAGUCUUUACAGCAAUCCUCAUACUAAGCAAGCAUGCAGCGACAGUGGAGAGGAAAACUUCCUUUUACAGUUUUUUUCGAUUGCUAAAACGUGUUUUUCAAAACUGUACAUUUCUUUCAAAACUGCACACACAAAACCCCAAACAUAACAUACAAAUUCCUAAACCGUGGCUUCCCUUUGCAACAAAACCCUGCCAUCACAUAUCGUAACAUGUUCCCAAAAUGGAACAUGUGUUUUCAUUUGGUAAACACAGCCACAUUUACACAUGACACACACAUACCAUUCAUUGCUUAAACACAAGUAGCCUUUGGGUGAACACUAGCAAGCAUGGAAAGAACACUGAAGAGCUAAACUGAAAACACAAUUGUCUAAAGGGAACACAAUGAAUUACACACUGCAUGUAUGACAGUGCCCACUUUUCUCUGAGACAAAUAUUAGACAUCACACACAUUUUGAGACAAAACAUUUUAUUUUUACAGUCCCCCCCCCCCCCCCCCCCCCACCCCCACCCCCACACACACACACAAAUUUUGAGACGGAACAUUUUAUUUUUACGGUUAACCCAUCUACAGGGAAAUCCUGUAGAUGGCUCAUUCCUUAUGUCGUCCGCGUCUGUUCUGCAUCCUGGGGCACAACAGGAAUCUACCAUAUUUCCCGUUUGAUUGAGUUUUCUGACAAUAACAAAUAGUCCAGCUGCCGGCUUCUACCUGCCAAUAUGGCGCCGUUUCGAUUUGAACUGUUGCAUGCCGGGCGAAGUGACGUCAACUCCCGGAGCUCUAUUGACAUGACCAAAACUGUUAUAUAUCUGUACUUUUUUAUUGACACGUGGGGUCUCAUGCUUCAUCUUGCCAUGUGAACUGGGUCUUAAACUUCAUUCGUGGUGGUGAUUUACACAUGACUGGUUGCACCUUAAAAACUUUGAUUUUUAAUCAGUAUUGCACCGUAUAGUUGCCAGAUGAGUGUUGAAUCGUGUAAAAACCCACUAAAGUCAGUGUGAGCAUGUGUUUUCAUGUGCAUGUGUAAUUCCAUACAGAUGUAUUUUUGCUUUUUGUCUUUAUAAGUGUGGGUGUACCCCUGUAGUUAUUGAUAAAUGCCCUAAUGACAUCUAUGAGGAAUUUCUACUUAUGCUACCAAAUGGAGUCAAACCAAAUCCUGUUUAAUGUUGCACUAUUGUGUGAGUAGCGACCCUCACCUGGUGAGAUAAUGUUACUAAAAAUGCAAAGUGCUACGAAGCACACCCUCUGUAGUGGCAAGAUGAUGUGCCAGUUUUCACUGUGAUGAGAAGCUACGCACACUUUCUCAGAGUGAGAUCACAGCAUUUGUAGCAACGUAAAAACUCUGACUCAGAUUCCAGAGCAUCAUCAGCAACACCUUUACCUGCUUUUGUUUCCCAGAGAAGUCCUUCUGGAGUGAUGCUAGGUGUGUUUCUGUGAUGUUCUCAUUUGCAAAAAAAAUUAAAAAAAAAAUUUAAGUUAUUGCGUCAUCCAGCAUCAAUCAGGGCAGUUAGGAACGUCUCGGUUAAGUGGUAAAGUCCCAAGUUAGCAUGGUCUUGCAGACCAUAAGAACAGUCACCCCAUUAAAGCUCAUUCAUCUAAGCUUCUGUGGAGGAAGAAAGUUUAUUUAUGCAAAUCAACUGGUCUGUAUUCUUGCUGAUGGAGGUCGUACUUUCACCAGCUUGUUUUAUAAAAUCUGUUUUAAGCCACAGUUGUUGCACUGUAAAAAAUUCCAAGUUGACUCAACUUAAAAUAAUUUGUAACCUCGCUGCCUUAAAAUUUUGAUUAACGCUAGCAAAUCAUAUUGAGUAAUGUCAACAAACUAGUAAGUUUCUUCAACUUAUGGGAUAAAGUUCACAUAGCUUAUUUUCUUUUGUUGAAUAAAUUUUCUUUUUUCAGUCAGACCAACUAAUAUUUUAGUUCUAUCAACCACAUAAUCUAAGUAACUUCUACAAACCUUUGAUUCAGGCUAACAAAUUAUUUAAAGUAAUUUCAACUCACAUCCAAGUUGAAAUUACUUUAAAUAAUUUGUUUGCCUGAUGUACAAGUUAGUUGAAAUUACCUGAAAUUAUUUGUUUGCCUGAUUUAUAAAGUAGUAGAAAUUACCAGAAAUUUUUUGUUUGCCUGAUUUAUAAGUUAGUUGAAAUGACUUGAAAUAAUUUGCUAGCCUUAAUCAAAAUAUUAAGGCAGCAAGGUUACAAAUUAUUUUAAGUUGAGUCAACUUGACUAUUUUUUUUUACAUGUUUCAAAAAGAUCCACUCUUAACUUCUGUUUUUGAGGAUUCAAAAUGUUUUAAAAUAUAAAUAAAAACCAAAUGCGUCUUUG